AUGUUUCACUGGCGCUUCUGUUUUACCGUGUCGGGCUUCUGUGGCCUUGGAAUACCAUCGCUGGCGGGCUUCUGUGGCCUUGGAAUACCAUCGCUGGCGGGCUUCUGUGGCCUUGGAAUACCAUCGCUGGCGGGCUUCUGUGGCCUUGGAAUACCAUCGCUGGCGGGCUUCUGUGGCCUUGACCUUCCUUGCCAGGCAGCUUUGAGCCCAAAAGACCCUUUUCCACCGCCCUGGCUGACCUGGUAUUCCAAGACGUCCGGCAUUCCUUCUCCUCAAUGUGAUUCACAAGACCAAAAUUCCAGCUCUGGAAGUCUUCAGUGGAUAUCCGCCAAAGAUUUGCAAAAGUCGAAGGACAGGGAAAGUAAUGAUAAAGUGACUUCGGAAGCUGAAGAAGUCUUGGACGGCAGAAACUGGAACUCACGAACGUCUUGCGUUGCAGCAGAGUUCUUCGAUCAGCCUGCAAGGCAACAUAUGAGUGACGUGGGACGGGAAAAAAUCUUUCGACAGCAAAUACAAGAAAGUGUUCGGUUGCCUCCUCAUAAACAUGAGGAACGGGACGUCAGUCCUCAUAAACAUGAGGAACGGGACGUCAGUCCUCAUAAACAUGAGGAACGGGACGUCAGUCCUCAUAAACAUGAGGAACGGGACGUCAGUCCUCAUAAACAUGAGGAACUGGACGUCAGUCCUCAUAAACAUGAGGAACUGGACGUCAGCCCUCAUAAACAUGAGGAACUGGACGUCAGUCCUCAUAAACAUGAGGAACGGGACGUCAGUCCUCAUAAACAUGAGGAACUGGACGUCAGCCCUCAUAAACAUGAGGAACUGGACGUCAGCCCUCAUAAACAUGAGGAACUGGACGUCAGCCCUCAUAAACAUGAGGAACGGGACGUCAGCCCUCAUAAACAUGAGGAACGGGACGUCAGUCCUCAUAGACAUGAGGAACGGGACGUCAGCCCUCAUAGACAUGAGGAACGGGACGUCAGCCCUCAUAGACAUGAGGAACGGGACGUCAGUCCUCAUAAACAUGAGGAACGGGACGUCAGCCCUCAUAGACAUGAGGAACGGGACGUCAGUCCUCAUAAACAUGAGGAACGGGACGUCAGUCCUCAUAGACAUGAGGAACGGGACGUCAGUCCUCAUAGACAUGAGGAACGGGACGUCAGCCCUCAUAGACAUGAGGAACGGGACGUCAGCCCUCAUAGACAUGAGGAACGGGACGUCAGCCCUCAUAAACAUGAGGAACUGGACGUCAGCCCUCAUAAACAUGAGGAACUGGACGUCAGCCCUCAUAAACAUGAGGAACUGGACGUCAGCCCUCAUAAACAUGAGGAACGGGACGUCAGCCCUCAUAAACAUGAGGAACGGGACGUCAGUCCUCAUAAACAUGAGGAACGGGACGUCAGUCCUCAUAGACAUGAGGAACGGGACGUCAGUCCUCAUAAACAUGAGGAACGGGACGUCAGCCCUCAUAGACAUGAGGAACGGGACGUCAGUCCUCAUAAACAUGAGGAACGGGACGUCAGUCCUCAUAGACAUGAGGAACGGGACGUCAGUCCUCAUAGACAUGAGGAACGGGACGUCAGCCCUCAUAGACAUGAGGAACGGGACGUCAGCCCUCAUAGACAUGAGGAACGGGACGUCAGCCCUCAUAAACAUGAGGAACGGGACGUCAGCCCUCAUAGACAUGAGGAACGGGACGUCAGCCCUCAUAAACAUGAGGAACGGGACGUCAGUCCUCAUAAACAUGAGGAACGGGACGUCAGCCCUCAUAAACAUGAGGAACGGGACGUCAGCCCUCAUAAACAUGAGGAACGGGACGUCAGCCCUCAUAAACAUGAGGAACGGGACGUCAGCCCUCAUAAACAUGAGGAACGGGACGUCAGCCCUCAUAAACAUGAGGAACGGGACGUCAGCCCUCAUAAACAUGAGGAACGGGACGUCAGUCCUCAUAAACAUGAGGAACGGGACGUCAGCCCUCAUAAACAUGAGGAACGGGACGUCAGUCCUCAUAAACAUGAGGAACGGGACGUCAGUCCUCAUAAACAUGAGGAACGGGACGUCAGUCCUCAUAAACAUGAGGAACGGGACGUCAGUCCUCAUAAACAUGAGGAACGGGACGUCAGUCCUCAUAAACAUGAGGAACGGGACGUCAGUCCUCAUAAACAUGAGGAACGGGACGUCAGUCCUAAUAAACAUGAGGAACGGGACGUCAGUCCUCAUAAACAUGAGGAACGGGACGUCAGUCCUCAUAAACAUGAGGAACGGGACGUCAGUCCUCAUAAACAUGAGGAACGGGACGUCAGUCCUCAUAAACAUGAGGAACGGGACGUCAGUCCUCAUAAACAUGAGGAACGGGACGUCAGUCCUCAUAAACAUGAGGAACGGGACGUCAGUCCUCAUGAACAUGAGGAACGGGACGUCAGUCCUCAUAAACAUGAGGAACGGGACGUCAGUCCUCAUAAACAUGAGGAACGGGACGUCAGUCCUCAUGAACAUGAGGAACGGGACGUCAGUCCUCAUGAACAUGAGGAACGGGACGUCAGUCCUCAUAAACAUGAGGAACAGGACGUCAGUCCUCAUAAACAUGAGGAACGGGACGUCAGCCCUCAUAAACAUGAGGAACGGGACGUCAGUCCUCAUAAACAUGAGGAACGGGACGUCAGCCCUCAUAAACAUGAGGAACGGGACGUCAGCCCUCAUAAACAUGAGGAACGGGACGUCAGUCCUCAUAAACAUGAGGAACGGGACGUCAGCCCUCAUAAACAUGAGGAACGGGACGUCAGUCCUCAUAAACAUGAGGAACGGGACGUCAGCCCUCAUAAACAUGAGGAACGGGACGUCAGCCCUCAUAAACAUGAGGAACGGGACGUCAGACCUCAUAAACAUGAGGAACGGGACGUCAGUCCUCAUAAACAUGAGGAACGGGACGUCAGUCCUCAUAAACAUGAGGAACGGGACGUCAGUCCUCAUAAACAUGAGGAACGGGACGUCAGCCCUCAUAAACAUGAGGAACGGGCCACUCACCAUAACAUCUGUCAAGGAAACAAUGGAGGAACUCAAGCAUCCUCCAAUAUUUUUAUAACUCUCACUAAUGACGCAGCCUCCUCUCCCACCUCUCCCUUUAGCUGUGAGAGAGUGGGAGGGAGCAGCUCCUCUCUCACCUCUCCCUCAGUUGUGAGAGAGUGGGAAGGAACAUCUCCAGUGUUGCCUGGAUAA